UGGCCGUCGUGGUGGCGUUUUUCAUCUGCUGGGCCCCGUUUCACGCUCAAAGGCUUAUCGCCAUAUUCGGGUCCAGUCACGUAUCGUCUGGUAACUUGGACGCGGAUGACAUACCGUUUCUACACCAACUGUACGGUAUUUCCACGUACAUCUCCGGUGUGCUGUACUAUGUGUCCACCACCAUCAAUCCAAUACUGUACCAUAUCAUGUCAUUGAAAUUCCGAGCAGCUUUCAAGGAAACGGUGUUACGGUGUUGUGGCGGCGACAGCGGCUGCAGUGGCGACGGAUGGCCCGGAAGCGGUCAACGUGGUCCGGCGCUGCGGAGGCUGCGCAGCGACUCGUCCGAACCUGCGACCGACGACCGCCGACCAAAGUAUAGGCGCGUGUCCGGGCGGGCGACAUCGUCCAUCGAGCUUCCCGCCGACGACGACGACGACGACGACGAAGUCGUGUGCAGUGGCGGCGGUCGUCACGCCCCCGGCGGCGCCGGACCCGCCGACUGUUGGCGGCGGGCGCUGACGGGAUCGGCGGCCGACGGAAACGCCAAACGACGCAACGACAGUGCCGGAAGUAGCGGCGGCGGAGGUAAUGGCGGAGACGACGACGACAGCUCGACAACGUCCGGCGCCCUUGUACGGCAUCCGGUGAAAGUGCCGCCGGCGAUAGCGCUCAGCAACUGGACCGUCAUCAGCAACAGCAGCCUCAAGGACGUGGACGCCGAUGGCCUGCGCGACGAGCUCGUCGGUUACGUGGCAGACGCGUCUGCAGUGGCGAUUGCCGGCGGCCAAAACGGCGUUGCCCGCGAGUAUUAUUGAGGGGCGACGUGGGGUUCGUCCCCUCCCCCCGUGGGCGCAACUAGGCGGGGGGCUAAACUCAGCCCCCUCCCUAAAUGUUUCUCAAAUUUGGCUCACGAUGCUUAUAUUUGUCGUACCGUGUACCUAUAGGCUGCAGUGCCGUGUACUCGUGUGGCAAAAUACCAGCUUCAUUUAUUUUCAAACUAUAUCCAACCUUUUUUACUAUGAAUCGUCAAGCUGAUUUUGUGCUAAUAAAUCUAAAUAAUUGAAAACAUAUGGUCGCAAUAAGUGUGUUUGAAAAUUCCAACAGUCAGAAUUUAAAUUUGUUCAAUACAUUGUUAAAGGAAUAAUUGGGGUUGUGCGUGCUUGGUGAAUCAUAUUGAAUACAAAUUGACGUAAACGUUUAUUUAUUACAAACCAUUUGCAAAUAUACCAACUUAGUCGAAAGGUAUUUCAUAAUAAGGAGAAAAUAUUAGGACUACGGCUGCAGGCCUACAGCUCUCCCCAAAAAUCCUAGUUGCGCUCAUGGGUUCACCCUUCACCCACCCCCCCCCCAAGCGGAAUAUGAUGUGAGCCUAGGAUGUACUCUAUUUUGUUUAUGUGUGUUUUGUGUGUGUGUGUGUGUGUGUGUGUGUGUGUGUGUGUGUGUGUGUGUGUGUGCGUGUGUGUAGUCUGAUAUUCUGGAAACAUAUUUAUUUCCCAACAUCUGUUAUUGUUUUUCCCAUAAUGAUUAAACAAACAUAAUUACAAUACAAUA